AUGCUUCCCAUGUACGGACUCCCAUACCAGGACCACACAGAUUCCUCUGUGUGGUACAGUCCCCAAGAACCCAGCACUGGACACAUCACGGAAAACGAAUAUCAUGGGGCCUCUCGCAAGACACGAGGCCGAGAAAGUCGCGAGGCGGACGCCAUAGAUGGACUGCUGCAGAUGGCUCGUUGCCAGUCGACGACCGACACGAGAGCCACCUGCAAUGGCCCAGCGACCAUAUCAGCAACCACCACUGGCGAAACUCUGCCACCCGUGUACGAGCCAGUAGACCAAGAAGAGUGGGUGGCCUGUUGUGCCUUUCCCAGAAGCCGACGCUUGUGUUCAGUCACCGAACCCGAUCCUUCCCAUGCCCUGUGUGCAGAUAUCCGAUUACAGAAACGUCUUGGGCACUUCCCCGAAAGCCAUAGCAGAGCAAGGACAGAAGAUGCAAUAGUGCGCCGCCGGUUCACUACACCAUGUGAAACUGCCUCUAUGGAUGGUUUGCUUGUCAGAUGUGGCUGGAUGGCACCCCUUAUCCCGAGCGACCAUUCUGUGAGCGACAUCUUGCCAGCAGAUUUCGAUGACUCCGACGAGACCGAAACCGAUCCUGAUCUAGGGACAAUUGAUUCCGAUGACAAAGAGGAAGAGUACUAUCCCGGGAAUAUUAGAGAAAAUGGACCAAUGCAUACCGGCCAAUGUCAAAGGAGAACGUCCUGUUCUUGCUGUCCACAACACAUAAGCCCCGGGUUGAAGAGCGCUGGCCAUCAGUCUCUGGCUCAAGGGCAUGUGUGUUGCUGCUUAAGCAAUGAUGCCGCGUCGCUUGAGGUAGGGUUCAUGGAAAGCGGCGAAGAUAGUUCCCAGGACAGUUCUCAAGGCAACGGGCCUCGAAGAGCCGACACAUCAAAGCCUUCGGUGAAGGAUCGUUAG